CAUUCAGUCGGUCGGUGACAGCGCGCCGCGAUUCCCGCGUUUGUUAUCAAUUACUUUUUGUUAAAAUGUCUCAACAAGGACCUGCCUUUGAUGUAAAUGCAAUGACUUUGACCCGUUGGGUCUUAGCUCAGCAAAGAACAGUUCCAGGGGCCACUGGGGACUUGACACAACUUCUAAAUUCAAUACAAACGGCUGUCAAGGCUAUACAGUCAGCUGUGAGGAAGGCCGGUAUCGCCAAACUUCAUGGCAUAUCUGGCAAUACAAACGUGCAAGGUGAAGAGGUGAAGAAGCUGGACGUGCUCUCAAAUGACCUCUUCAUCAACAUGCUGAAAUCAUCCUUCACCACCUGCAUGCUUGUGUCUGAGGAGAAUUCAACUGUUAUUGAGGUUGAAACAGAAAGGCGAGGAAAAUACGUGGUGUGCUUCGAUCCACUAGAUGGCUCUUCCAAUAUAGACUGUUUAGUAUCUGUUGGCUCUAUCUUUGCUAUUUAUAAAAAGACAUCAGAAGGCGAGCCUACUGAAUCCGACGCUCUACGCCCCGGACGGGAGCUAGUUGCGGCAGGCUAUGCCCUUUACGGGUCAGCAACCAUGAUGGUACUAGCCAUAGGAAAAGGCAAGGGCGUUAAUGGGUUUAUGUAUGACCCCUCUAUAGGAGAAUUCAUAUUAACUGACCCCAAUAUGAGAAUACCGGAGAAGGGGAAGAUAUAUUCUAUCAAUGAAGGUUACGCGGCGGAGUGGGCAAGUGGUUUAAAAAAAUAUAUCGAAGACAGGAAAAACCCAUCGCGUGGCAAAGCGUAUGGAGCACGAUAUGUGGGAUCGAUGGUUGCUGACGUACAUCGGACAAUUAAAUAUGGCGGUAUUUUUAUGUACCCCGCUACAAACUCAGCCCCAAAUGGAAAGCUCCGCCUUCUAUAUGAGUGCAACCCAAUGUCGUUUAUAGUAACAGAGGCAGGUGGGCUCGCAACGAAUGGUCAUAUACCAAUUCUGGACAUACAGCCUUCCUCAAUUCAUCAGCGAGCACCAUGCUACCUUGGCUCCAAGAAAGACAUAGAAGAGUUAAUGAGCUAUUUUCAAUAACUUACUAUUCAUUCAUAAAAAAGUUUCACUAUACUAGAUUUUUUUUUUGUUUUUUAAGAACGUAGGAUAAUAUAAAUAAAACAACAAUAAUUGUCCAAAAUAUAAUUCAUACCAUUACAAACGCAUCCAUAUAACAAUUACAGUCUUGUAUCUAUGGUUCUAAAACCAAAACCUUUAUGUAUAGUAUGGUUAAUAAGUCACUGUCUGUGGUCAUUUGUUACCACUGCAUAAUAUUGAAAGUAUAUUUAAAUUUUAAACCAAUUAUAUUUGUGUAAUUUUUUCUAUAAUUAAUGAACAGCAUUAUAUUUCUAAGAUAAAUGGAAAAUUAGUAAUUUUAAAAUAAUCUACACAUUUUCUUACAAUUGUGUACAAGCCAUGUAAUAUCAGUCAUCAUCCAAAUAGAAUCUGUAUUUUAUAGACAAUUAACGGCAGUAUACAUUUUUAAAAUGAUCUGUCAAUACUGACAUAUGACUGGAACGAUAGCACAUUCUCCAGUUUAUAAAUUAGCAUAAAUAUUAUCUAUGAAACCAAUGCAUUCUACAAUGCGAUAGCAAAUCCUAAAAUCGGAUGUAUUUAUUAUGAAAUAUUCAGACAGAGAUCUGUGUUUUAAGUGUAAUGUGUAAAGAUUGUUUUCUAAGCAGGAAAAUAGUCUCGCCGUCGGCCAUGCAUUGGUUAUCUAUAGAGUACUAAGGUAUCUAUGGUCAAACCGAGAUGUGUAUAUUAUGAAUAAUUAUUUGUAUAAAUAAGCCACAAAGGUAAGGCUUACGCAGUAAGCGCGAGGAACUGGUGAAACACAUCAAGUAUAUGCGGAUCCAAGUCUUGAGUGAAGAGCAACGUCUCUAAUGUACUACUGUACUUUUGAACUUGCUCGUGAUGC